AAUGAGCUGAAUUUCAAACGUGACAAGGUCGUGAUCCCAACAGCACUAAGAGCAGACAUGCUGAAAGCAGUACAUCAACCACACCUUGGUGGAGAAGCCAGCAAACGACGAGCUCGUGAAGUUCUGUUUUGGCCUUCAAUCGACAGGGACAUCAAGAAAAUGGUUAAAUCGUGUAGUGUUUGCAAUCGAAACCGUAACCAACAGCCAAGAGAAACCCUCAAGCCUCAUCCAGUACCUAGCAGACCGUGGGAACGGAUUGGAGUUGAUCUAUUUACAUUCCAUCAGAGGAACUACCUCAUUACAUCCGCCGUGAUUUCGAAGUUAAAGUCGCAAAUGGCACGUCAUGGGAUUCCAGAUGUACUCAUUAGUGGCAAUGAUCCACAAUUUUGUUGCAAGCAGUUUAAAGAGUUCAGCCAGAAAUGGGAAUUUAUCCAUGUAACAAGCUCACCUGUCUACCCACAAAGCAAUGGUGGUGUGGAGAGAGCGGUCCAAACAGCAAAGACCCUUAUGAAGAAAGCUUUCGACAGUGGAGAAGAUCCAUAUAUGUCCUUAUUAAAUCAUCGUAAUACGCCUAGAGACAGUGUAUUCGGAAGUCCAGCCCAGCGUCUUAUGUCAAGAAGAACCAAGACUAUUUUGCCUGUAACUGAAGAACUUUUGGUACCCCAAGUAGUAAGUCCAGAGAAAGUGCAAGACCGUUUACAGCAUUAUAAACAUUUACAGAAAAAGGCUUAUGAUAAGAAGUCACAAAAUUUACUAGCGUUAAAGAAAGGUGAUAUGGUAAGAAUUCAAGAGGAAAAAGGAUUUUUGAAAAAAGGAAUAGUCGUGGAGGAAACCAACUAUCCAAGAUCAUAUCAAGUUAAGACCUCGAGUGGUAUAUUUUGGAGGAAUAGGAGACAUUUGUUGAAAGUGGAAGAACUGGAAGAAAUUUCAGAAGAAUCAGAUGAUGUAGCAGUGGAAAUACUACCGCAGAGAGUUCAGUUACCGUUAAAUAAUAAACAGGAUUGUACAAUAGCAAAUGAUGCCGAACAUGAUAAACAAUUAACUUAUACUAGAUCAGGACGACUGGUAAGGAAACCAGACAGGUUGAAUUUGUGA